AUCUAGAUUGAUGGGAAUGACCCAUUGUGACACCACUUCUAGUUCUAGUAGUACGAACCAAACCAACUAGCAAUGAAUUUCAUGCAUGUCCCUUGGGAAUGUAUACUAUCUGUCCGGUAUCCAUGGCUGAGGUCAUUGAGAUCUUUGAAAAUAUUUUUGGUAAAAAUUUAACAAAUAAAAAGUAAAUUAUGAUCUAAGAUGACAGGUACACAAUGUUUAUUCGCAAUUGCCGUGUCUCCUCGAUUGAUGUUUCCGACAUUUUCAGGCAUCUUCGUAGGAGACUAUUACGGAUCUUCCGCUCCGAAGUUUAUACAAGUUGUUGCCUAUUGUCUUUGUCUCCGGCGUUCACGGUGAGAUCGAAGACACCGCUACUUUCUUUCUUGCGUCUGGAUCGUGAGGAAGAACGUCCCCUGCUGCGACUUUUCUUGGUUUCAGAUGGACGGGAACGACUGCGACUGCCUUCUCGGCCUGCGGCAGAUUUGCUUCUGCGACGAGACUUGCUUCUCGAUCUCGAGGACCGUCGACUAGAUUUGGAACGACGGGAUGAACCGUCAAGCAUUUUCUCGUUGAGCGAAGCAUUUUUUGUCUUCCUUCUCUUCUUCUUCCUCUUGCGGGAAAGGUCGCGGAAGAAGAAACCAAGAUAACUUUCACCACGUCUUCUCUUCUUUCGUGCACGAGCCAAGAAGAUUGAAAUCGAUAGAGUGACAGCCAUGAAAACGACCAACAUAACAGAAAACUGACCAACUGUACCGAGGGCAUCCCACGCAACAGCUGAAGCCUUGGGCUUGUAUCUUUUGCGGAAGCACUUAUCAAGAUGGAAGUUGUGGGGCUCAUCACAUCCACCAGCCCACGUUGGGGCAGGCGAGAAGGUUGGAGGCAUCGAGGCACCGUUAUAUUCGACCCAAGAACCUCCUAGAUCAGGUUUGAAUACCUCAUAAACAUCAAUUCGAUUCAAGAAGAGUGCCAUACAUCCUCCAUCWGGGCAGAAACUUGUUGUUCCRACGGCUACACCUGACGGAUAGAGAGAACGCCAAUAAUCGACGUAAUUGUUACAACGCUCCAAGUAGGCAGCAGCCAAGUCUUCCGAACCGAAUUCUGGUUGGUAAGCUAGAGUCAUUUGAGGACAGAAACCGCCUUGGUUUGUUCCGUCAGGUCCGCAUCCGUACGCGGCACGAUCAUCMGCACCGUGCAUGGCGCAGUUGCUGUAAACUCCGUAGCUAUUUUCCGGUGACUCGUAGUUCCAUGAAAUACCCAUUUCUUUACAAAAACUAUCAUAUAGGUAAGCCAAAGCCGAGCUUGUGUCUGCUUCAAAUUGCAGUUUCACGUGUCCAUCUCCAUCGACAAAUACGAAGGCUGGCUUGAUGUAAAGAGUACC